AUGAUGCCGUAUAGGACUCCUCCAAAACCAAAUCCACCCUGGAAUAGAGCAUUACAUCAGAAAUGGAGGCUCUUAGAUAAUCAAGUAACGGACUAUUAUAAUGAAGCUUCAGACAAUGUUAAAUAUUUAUAUGCUUUGGAAAAGUACUGUGAACCACUUUACAGAUGUGAUCCAAAGUCAAUGCAGCAGUACAUACCGGGCUUGCUGUACACGGUCCGAAUGGUUUUUGCGACGUCUAGAUAUUACAAUACGACUAAACAAAUCUCUACCCUGCUUGUUAAAGUUACGAAUCAGAUACUUAACAUGUGCAUGGAAUAUCUAACCAAUAACGGAAAGAAAACUAUAUGGAACCAGGAUAAAUUGAAUUUCAUUGAAAAAGCCAAGGUUUUUACAUACAUAAAUAUAUAAAACUGAAUUAGAAUAGCAUUAAAAUAGCAUUCAAUGAUCAU